CGUCAAGGAUUCUAAUAUUUAUCAUACAAGCAAUGGGAAGCCAUUGAAUAGUUUUAAUUGGUGAUAGUGGUCCUGAUAGUGGUGGGGGAUGUGUUCAGCUUUGUGUUGGAAAAGAUCGUUCUGGUGGCCGUGUGACUGGGUGGGGAGAGGGUAGAUUCAAGGUAGAAAGAGCAGGCAGAGGGUCUUGUAGCAUCCCAGGCAAGUGAUGGAAAGAGACAUUGAAGAGGGAAAAUCAACAGGGCGUGGUGUGUGUGGUCCCCUUAUCACCUUCAAGCUUCCUCAAGUGUAAAUCUGACAGGAGCCCAAAGGAGCAUGCCCGUUGGUGCACGAGAGAGCACGUCAAAGCUAAAUUACAUUGAUCUGAAGAAAGAGCACUGGUGCAAGAUCCCAAGGAGCAUUUUCCAGCCCUCCUGCCUCUUCAGCAUGAGCAGGCACCGAAAAUGAAGUGUGAGGGAAGGAAGCAGGCACCCAGGUUAUUUUUAGCAAGCUAUAGGAAAUAGCCAACAUUCUAAUUUGAAUUCUUCUCAUUAAAACCCAGAGCCUAACCCCACACAGUUCUUGUUUCUAAUGUCGGCAAACUUCUCUUUUUCCAGAUAAUUGACAAUAGGCCCCCACGGAAGUCUUCUCAGCAUUUCUGCAAAAAUUUAGCAAACAUUAGGUUUGACACCAUCACCACGUUUGCCAAGACAGCAAAAAUCCCAGUCGGCAAAACUUCGAGCGUGAUGGAGUGGAACAGAGAGGACAGCGCGGAAUGAGUAAUCAUUUCAGGAAAUCUUCUAGCAAGAGUUUCCAGUGUUGGGUUUCGCAUCGUCUUUGCAGGAAGAGCGGUACGGAAGGUCCACUCUGGGGCCAGGCUGCGGUGAUGUAGUGUGAGUGAAGACAUCCGGGAUGGCUCAGGGAUCUGGGGAUCAAAGAGCAGUGGGGAUUGCUGACCCAGAGGACAGUUCUCCAAACAUGAUAGUCUACCGCAAAAUUGAAGACAUCAUCACAAAGAUGCAAGAUGACAAGACAGGGGGUGUGCCCAUCAGAACAGUCAAGAGCUUUCUCUCCAAAAUUCCCAGUGUCGUUACAGGUACUGACAUUGUGCAAUGGCUUAUGAAGAACCUCUCCAUCGAGGACCCAGUUGAAGCAAUACACGUGGGAAGCCUUAUAGCUGCCCAGGGCUACAUCUUUCCAAUCUCGGACCACGUUCUCACCAUGAAGGAUGACGGCACCUUCUACCGUUUCCAGGCCCCGUACUUUUGGCCUUCAAACUGCUGGGAGCCUGAAAACACCGACUACGCCAUCUAUCUCUGUAAGAGGACAAUGCAGAAUAAAGCGAGGCUGGAACUGGCAGACUAUGAAGCAGAAAACUUAGCAAGACUCCAGAGGGCCUUCGCAAGGAAGUGGGAAUUCAUCUUUAUGCAAGCAGAAGCACAAGUGAAGAUAGAUCGGAAAAAGGACAAGACAGAAAGGAAAAUUUUGGAUAGUCAAGAACGGGCCUUCUGGGAUGUGCACAGGCCAGUGCCAGGCUGUGUGAACACAACAGAAAUGGAUAUCAGAAAAUGCCGGCGUCUGAAGAACCCGCAAAAGGUUAAGAAGUCAGUGUAUGGUGUGACUGAAGAGUCCCAGUCGCAAAGCCCCGUGCACAUACCCAGUCAGCCAAUCAGGAAAACUACAAAAGAGGACAUCCGGAAACAGAUAACAUUUUUGAGUGCACAGAUUGACAGACAUUGUUUAAAAAUGUCCAAAGUGGCUGAAAGCUUAAUUGCUUACACAGAACAGUAUGUGGAAUACGAUCCAUUGAUCACGCCGGCCGAGCCGUCCAAUCCCUGGAUCAGCGACGAUAUCACUUUAUGGGACAUAGAGAUGAGCAAAGAGCCCAGCCAGCAGCGAGUCAAGAGAUGGGGCUUCUCUUUCGACGAGGUAUUGAAGGACCAGGUGGGGCGGGACCAGUUCCUAAGAUUCCUGGAGUCCGAAUUCAGCUCCGAAAACCUCAGGUUCUGGUUGGCUGUCCAAGAUCUCAAGAAACAGCCCCUACAGGAUGUGGCCAAGAGGGUGGAAGAAAUCUGGCAAGAGUUUCUGGCUCCAGGGGCACCGAGUGCAAUCAACCUGGACUCUCACAGCUAUGAGAUAACCAGUCAAAAUGUCAAAGACGGAGGGAGAUACACAUUCGAAGAUGCCCAGGAACACAUCUACAAGUUGAUGAAGAGUGACAGCUAUGCCCGCUUCCUCCGGUCAAAUGCCUACCAGGACUUGCUGCUGGCCAAGAAGAAGCCAGAAAGUGAGCAAGGUCGUAGAACCUCCUUAGAAAAGUUCACUCGCAGUGUGUGCUGCUGGCGCAGAGUCAGAAUGGCCGCUGCACUUCACCCCCGAGGUGGCUUCCUUCCAGCAGUGGGGAAAGUCGCUGGCGGGCAAGCGCCUCACCGGCCUGAUGCAGUCCUCCUGACGGUCCCCGCCGCAGGGCCCGGGCCCGACGACCCCACGGGCAGGCGGCGGCGCUCCACAUCCGCGGACAGAGUUUCCCUACGGGGAGAUCUGGUCACUGUGAAAGAGAAGGAGUGAGGGGGAUGACGGGCGGCAGAGGGGAGACUCGGUGGGUGCCCGGGGACACCAUGCAGAAAAAGUCCACAGAGCCCGGGGUCGGCCCUGCAGAGGCCCCUGUUUACAACCCUCACUUCCUUGUACAGUUGUGCGCCGACACCCCAUUCUCGAGGAGGCCCUUGGCCCUAACUCGUUCGGGGCACAACACCUGGCGGGGCACCUGUCGUGACUCUCACUUGAGGUCAUAUCCUUAUUAUCGCCACUCUUCCUUCUGUCUGGGGGACCACGCCUUCCGGCAGAUGCAAGAGCCCCCGGCAGGCCCCGAGCACCCCCAGUAUUACCCCCCCACCCCCCACCUCCACACCGCGGCCAGUGCGCCCACAGCGCCCCCUAGAGCGACAGCCGCUGCGUCCCGACGGCCCCCUUUCUGGCCCCGCCCUGGCCCCCAUCUGUGCAAGGACCCUCCUGCAACCGGGCCCCGUGGAGGCCACACCGCUGAGCAACCCCGCCGACUGCUCCACCUCCGGUUCAUUCAGCCCCCUGCAGGCCGACUUUCCGGGGGGUCCCCACCGGGGCGUGGGGCUGCCCCCUGGUCCCGUCAAGUGCCUCCAGGGUCCGACACCACAGGAAGCACCGGUGUCCGGGAAAGAGCUCGUGGUUUAACAGCCGUGGAGGUUCUGACCAUCUUUGGAAGAAACAUUUAUUAUUUCCGAAUUUAUUCUGGUUUCGCCCCUUCUCCUUGGUUUGUUCCCUCGUGUUUUACUCAAAAUAAACAUGGCCGUGAACUCGGGG